ACUUCACCCAGCCUUUACACAAUGCGCGGUAAAUGUAGAUUUUGGACAAGCGAGAAUUGCGAGGCACUUUACCCCGAAUCGCUUCCCUGCCUCGCAUGGCUCAACGCCUGGAUUCAAACGUCAAAAUUUCACGCGAAGCUCCUAACCCCUCAGUUGUACGACCGUUGCUUGCGCUUUUCUCCAAAGAGUAAAACGGAGGAGGCGAGGGCAAAGCCAUGGCAGGAGGGCAGCUGGUUUACCCCGGUAGUAAGGCCUUGUCCCUUUAACGAUAGAUUGCACCAAGCUGCGGGACACUGGAAAUCAGAUAUCCUAGUCAGCUAUCUACUAAGUAGGGUACACCAGGGGCUUUGGCCCCUGGGUGAGACCGAGGAGAUAUGCUUGUUAACUCUCAUGGUGAAGGCCGGGAAUGUCGCCAUGCUGGAGACAUUGAUUGAGUUGGGGGACCUUCGAGGCAGAUUACCGGAGCUCGGCCAUCUUGAGACAGUGACACCACUCUACGUGGCGAUCUUGAGGGAUGAUCUAGCCGCCAUGCGGGUUCUUCUGGAUGCGGGCGCGGAUGUCAAGCAUACGAACGUGUAUGGCCAGUUGCCGCUUCAUGUUGCCGCGGAGAACGGCAAGUCAAUAGAGUUCGUGGACCUGCUUAUACAGGCGGGGGCGGAUAUCUGGGCCACAUCAAACAACUGGAGACGGGCAUACCCAGUAGAAAGUGCGCUAUAUGCAUUCAAUAAGCACCCGGAUGUCGCCCGACGGCUUCUAGGCGCAAUGCUUGAGACCGAAGACCGGGCAGCAGACCCAGACUGGAAAGACCAGGUAUUGCAUACUGCCGUCUUGUACAACCAGUGCGGUUCUGCCGACAUCGUCCAGACUCUGCUUGAUAACGGCGCAGAUGUAUUCUCUCGGUCCGCACAUGGCAAAACACCCAUCGAGUUGCUUCCUUCAAGUGACAGACACUCCUUGUGUUUGGACCUCAGCUGCUGGGCACACAAUGAACCGCGUAAUAUCGCAACCAUUCUGUUCCAGACCGACCCUCACCUGUGGCCAUUGGAACACAUUAAUCGGCAGCUAUGGGAAUGCCUGCGGGGCGUUGACUGCGUCGAACCGGGCCAAAUCGUGCUGUUCCGCCUUCUUAUUCAGAGCGGGGAGUCCGCUCUGGAUGUCGUUGGCCCUGAAGGGUUCAAGGCACUGCACUACCUGUGCCACUCGGCCUUGCUCUCUCAUCCAUACAGUCAAUUCCAAACACACGAACCUGUUAGCAUCUUUCGAAUGGUGUCCAUCCUAUUGGAUAACGGAGCCAGUGUCGUGACGCGCAGCGACAGCGGGCAAAGCCCCCUUUACUUCGCAGCCCAGUUUCCAUGCCCCUACUUGCUCACACUGUUCCUAGAGAAAAGACCCAACUGCCUCAUUGAGGAUAACGCUUUGCAUCCCAAGAGGAACAGCCAUCCCUACCAAACCGUGCCGCUCUUCGCUGCCGUUCGAAUGGGUGACCUAGAACGAGUUAAGAUACUCCUGGAUCACGGCGCCGAUAUCUCCAUUAGUGAUGAAUACGGCUCCAACGCCCUAUGCUACGCUCUAUCCAUGCGGCCGAUAUGCAAAAGUAUCAUCGAGGUCCUAAUUGAAGCUAUACUUGCCGUACCCGAGCACCGUCGAACAUGGGGAAUUUCCCUGAACUGUGCUAUCGAGACCAGAAACCGUGAAGCAAUCGAUAUGCUCCUUGAGGCCAGAGCUUCCCCAUCGAAUAAUAGUAUUGGAUGGACGGCCUUACGAUACGCCGCGAUAAGCCGUGAUGCAAAGACCCUCGGAAUCCUGAUUCAACGCUGGGGCCGAACUCUCGUGCUGUCCGAUGAUUGCAGGAGCGGAGUUUUGGUUUGUACUGUGCUGCGCGGGGGAAGGUCUAAUUCAAGGUCUUUUACGAGAGACCCGGAGCUCCUCAAGAUAGCGAAGAGUGUGGUUGAUUAUGGGGCUGUGGUUCAUCAACACUGUUGUGCCUGUGUGUCUUGGAAAGAGGAAUUUGGCAUUGAAUGUGAUAUGGUUCGAUAGCGGAAACCACCACCUGUGGGGUAUUCAGGGUUCAUAGCGUGUGAUUCGGCUGCAUCAAUGUCAAUUUUUCGAGAUCAAAUCGCAGUAUCUGCAAUAAUACUUGCCAACUGAUAGAUACCAGCGAAAUUAGGGCUCGGCUUAGACGGUUGAUAUCAGCCAUCCAUAAUCGACUGAACUGCUAUUUCAGACCCCAAUCAAACAAAUAACAACAACACAUCGUUUCAAAUAUAAUGCAGGCAGGAGUACAAGUUUGAUAUUGUUGUGGAAGGAGCGAAGGGCCGUAAGAUCAUCCUGCCUUAUUAGAAUUCUGUGAAGAGCAACCAUCUGUGACCAGCAGUUUACUUCUCAUUUCUAUGGCGGCCCCUGAGACUUUAAGCUCCG